AUGGCUGCAAAAGCAUCAUGUGUUGAUUUUGAGGAUACAGACAAAUUUUUGCAAGUAGGUGACUCUACAAAUAUUGAAUCUAUUCUAAUGAAAAGUGAAAGUUCCAUCUUAUAUGUGCUACUGAAGCAAGCACCAGAUCAUGUCCUCAGAAUCAGCAUUUACACAGAAGGAACUCUUGAAAGUGAAGGACUGUAUAUUUUUAAUGUGACUUCUCUAACCAAGUCUGAAAACAUUUUAUCUGCCACACUGUAUUUCUAUAUUGGAGAGUCAGUCGACUUCACCUUGAGUUGUCCAGAAUCUUGGGACUGCUCAUACCAUGCUCACAGGAGACACCUUCAGAUUGAUCUCUCUGCAUGGAUCCUCAACCCCAACAGAAACCAAAAUCAACUUCUGGGUCAACUUUCAGUAGAUGUAGCCAAAUCCCAUCGAGAUUUUGUGUCCUGGCUGUCUAAAGACAUCACUCGACUUUUGAAGAAAGCUAAGGAAAAUGAGGAGUUCCUCAUAGGAUUUAACAUUACCUCAAAAGGACACCAGUUGCCAAAGAAGAUGUUACCCUUUCCCGAGCCUUAUAUCUUGGUUUAUGCCAAUGAUGCUGCCAUUUCUGAGCCAGAGAGUGUUGUAUCAAGCUUACAAGGACACCGUAACUUCCCCAUGGUCACUGUACCCCAACUGGAUAGCCACAUCAGAGCUGCCCUUUCUAUUGAACAGAGGAAGAAGCGUUCUGCCGGGAUACUGCUGCCUCUUCAGAACAAUGAGCUUCCUGGGGCAGAGUAUCAGUAUAAAGAGGAUGGCAUAUGGGAGGAGAGAAAGCCUUAUAAGACCCUUCAGACUCAGCCGCCUGAGAAGAUUAAGAACAAAAAGAAACAGAGAAAAGGACCUCAUCAGAAAAGCCAGACACUCCAGUUUGAUGAACAGACCCUGAAGAAGGCAAGGAGAAAGCAGUGGAUUGAGCCCCGGAAUUGUGCCAGACGAUACCUAAAAGUGGACUUUGCUGACAUUGGCUGGAGUGAAUGGAUUAUUUCCCCCAAGUCCUUUGAUGCCUACUAUUGCUCUGGAGCAUGCCAAUUCCCCAUGCCAAAGUCUUUGAAGCCAUCAAAUCAUGCUACCAUCCAGAGCAUAGUGAGAGCUGUUGGAGUGGUUCCUGGCAUUCCUGAGCCUUGCUGUGUACCAGAAAAAAUGUCCUCACUAAGUAUCUUAUUCUUCGAUGAAAACAAGAAUGUGGUACUUAAAGUAUAUCCUAACAUGACAGUAGAGUCUUGUGCUUGCAGAUAACCUGGAAAAGAACUCAUCUGAAUGCUUAACUCGAUCAUUAGUUUAUUUUAUGAACUUUUUUUUUUGCACUGCCAAUGCAUUUCAUUUCAAAAUACAUUUAGUAAUCAAAAGAGAAUGAGCAAAUAGACUGAUGAUUUCUACCAAGGAGAACUAGACUGUAUUUUGAAUUUGAAUGUAACUAAAAGCAAGAUUUUAGUAAAUGUGGAUAUUCAUUUCAUUUUUUAAUCAUGCAAAAAAAUCACUUAAACUGUUUUUUGAACUGUUAAGGAACACACAGAUUUAUUUUUGUAAUGGGCUUCAAAAAUAGAUUGGGAAAGCCCCAAGCUUAUCACUUAUCUCUACUCAUAGUGAAUAGAAUAUUUUUGAAGUAGGCUUAUUGCCUUAGAUUUCUGAGCAACUGGGCAAGUGCUACAUAAGCCAAUCAAGUUUGAUAUUUCUCUUAAAAAUGUUUGAGACUUGUUUUCCCUCUGUUUCUUCUCUGCCUGUGAGUGUAAAAGGUUGAGUAGAAAGUAUGUGCUGAAUGUGUAUGUGUGUGUGUGUGUGUGUGUGUGUGUGUGUGUGUGCACGUGUGUGGUGUGUGCGUACACAUCAGUGACCAGAGUGCCUGUGUCCUCUCAAGGAAGGUUUGUGUCACAUGGUUUUAAAAUUCAGAUUAAGUUUACACAAAUUUCUUUUUUUAAUGUCAUGUCCUGGCAAGCACUACUCAAUUAUAAGAACUUUACCAAAAAGGAUGGUGUGUUCCAAUAGCAUAUGCAGAGAGUUACCACUUGGCUCAUUAUUUUAUUGGAAAUGCAGUUGUUGUCAUUUCAUUGCCUCCCAGAAAAGGGAUCCCAAUUCUCAAAAGCCCAGAUAUAAUUUCUCUUCUAUACCUCUUUCAUGAGCACUUUUAUUUGUACUUUUUAUUUGAAUUUAAGUAUUAUUCCUGAAGCUAUUAAAAUUUUUAGCUCUUUUUACAUGUCUUCACUUACUAUGAAAUAAAUAGAUAGAUACCAUGGGUCAAGCACUGAUUAAACAGUGAAGAUCUCUUUAAAUGACUGAUUUAAUCACAAUCACAAGUUCAUGGUAAUUCCAUAGCUGCAUUCAGGUCCAGUCAUUUAUUCACAUAAUCAAGACUUUUGCUUCAACUAUAGAAUCUACAUUUAGCUAAACUCACUAGAAAUUGACUACCAAGAAAGGGAGGCAAGUAUAGAAAUUUUUUUUUGUUCUCAUUUCUGAUUGUAAUAAAUAUCUCCUGUUAUGCUUUUGCCCUUGAAAAUGCUUAAAACCUCUUUCAUCACUACAUUUAUAUGUGUGACAGUAGUGCUUUUCAGGCCAUGGAUUCUUGUUUAUCUUUUAUCUGUGGCUUGUUCCCAUCUUAGUUCUGUCUUAACUGACUUGAGACAACUAAACCAUUUCAGAGGCUGUGAAGUGUCAGAAAACAUGGAGCUUUGUCCGUCACUACUGAGAGUGGUUCAUCAUUUAAUAAAUAUUUAUUGAGCAUUUAUUUUGUAAGACACUGUGUUAACUAUGUGUCUUUAGUGUUCUCAGUGGUAAAAUAAAGAAGCUGACUGGUUGAAAUGGAAAUCCCUCCCAUCACUGAAAGUUUUAGCUAUUUCAUACCAGUUUUCCUAAAAUAAAGGAAAUGCUAGGUUUAAAAACUACAGUUACUCCUGCUAAUAAACAUCCUAUGCUUUAUGCUUACAACUAUGGCAUUCUUUUUGGUUUAUGUGGUAGUUCUAUAUUGUUAGAAACCUGUUUCAAGAAGUUUACCUUGAAAAGACCUUCAGACACUUUGGGUGUACAAUAAUCAACAAUAAGUAUAUGCUAACUCCAUAAACAAGACACACCAGUUCUAAAUGUCAAAUUAGUCUUUUAAUGCCCAGGUUUUCAUGACUAGUUUUGUUGUGGUGGUGACAAUAUAAAAUGAAAGCUACCAAAUAAAGUAGGUGAUGAACACGUUUUACUAAAUUUGAUCAGAACAUUUAAAACUAAAUUACAUGCUAGAGGUGAACCAGCAUGUGGCCGCCACAGUCUUUGAACUUAAAAAAAAAAAAAAGAAAAGAAAUCCAAAACCUGUUCCACUGAUAGAUCUGACAAAGUUCUUAACUUAUUGUAGAGAUACUUUAACCAUAACCUCUAGAAAUUCUCAGCUUUACUUUUCUAUUCCCCUUCUAACCACAAGAUUACCUUUCUUAAUUUAAAUUGAUGCCCACUUUUUGCAGAUCAGAUCCGAGAAUGGCCAAAAUUCCUCUAAAUAAGGAAGCUUUCCAAGUACAGACUAGUCCUUUUUAAAUAGCCAUGAAAAACAUUAAAUGACAAAAUUAUGUUAAUUACAAAUAGCAAAGGCAAAAGUGCAGCACAAUAAAAGAAACUUAGUUGGUAAUUUCUCAGCAACCCAUAUAGUUUUUGAUCAGUAGUUAUUUCUGGGUGGACUGUGUAGCCAUCCUAUCCUGUUGCUAGUCUGCUGAACUACAGACAUAUUUGUCAUAUAAAUAGGAAAAGUUUUAUUUCCAGAGAAUAAAAUAAAUUACAUUUCAGCUGUGAAGAUAGAAGUAAAUGAGUUAAUAUUUUAAUGAAUGAAAUUUUGUUUGAAAUAGCUGAAAAUUUGAGUGACUUUUACCACCUGCUAAGUACUAGAGGAUCUAUAUAAUUACUAUAGAGUUGUGAUUAUACAAAAUGAAUUUAUUAGUAUCAUUCAAAUUUCAUCAUCCCACCUUUCUCUGGUUCAAGCUUUUAUUCCUCUUCUUUCUUGCCACUUUUCUAUCUCCUAACCAUUCCCCACUUUCCUCCUAAAAAUGGGAUACUCACAGGCUAUUA